CACGUGAAAACGCUGGAUACCGUCAUGGAAGGUGGAAGGUUUUGAACGAGAAAGUCUAUGAAUCAUGUAGUCGAUAGAUCCCAUGAAAGCUACAUCCAGGAAAAACCCGCUGAAAUUCCAUAAUAAUAAAUACGUACAAAACACACAGCAAUAAAACGAGAAGAAAGUGACUUUUAUAUCUCACUGUUUGCAUAUUUUGACACCUCUUACCGAUGCCUGUAUAACCUUUGCAUCUAGAGAGACUGUGCAGCAGUAGAAUCCGGAAGUUAGCCAUCGUGGCGAAGACUGUAGUGAACACCCAAAUAUGCUCAUUGAUUUAUCAAUACAUGUAACCAAAACCGUUCCGGAAUCAAUUGAAUCAUGUGGGAGGAUGAAAUAAUAAAGCUAUUUGCUCAUCCGGUUAUUCUGGGGAAAAGCGCAGAUGCAAGUGAAUGUCCCAAGGGGAAUGGGUUGCUAGCGAUGGACUGUUAGCAAAGUAUCGGUUGAUGCUCAGCCAGAGCAGUUCAAAGCAUGUAUUGUCUGAAUUUCUCCACUUGUUCUUUUUUUCAGAUUGUUGCCGUGACAAAGAGUAGAAGAAUAACCCUGUAUGAUGUGAACAGUUGCACAGCAAUUUGCCAUGUUGGGCUGCCUGUGCCUUUCCUGCUCUCAUCUCAGUCGCCGUGCAUCUGCGCUGAUGGGAAGGUCUUGAUAUUGAUUGGCGCUCAGAUGGAUGAAGAAAAUCAUGAUGACCUGGAUAUCGAGACGGCGCCAUUUUCAUAUCCUCUGCCACACUUUCCUACACUUAAAAAAUACUGGAAAGAAGAGGUAACCGCUGAUUCUUCACCAUACAAACCAACCAACACCAUUGAUGCUAGACUGCAUUCCCUCAUACAAGACAGGUAAAAUUACUUGUUACUGCAACUAAUUAAGAAAACCAAUUUGAUGGGACGAGAAGUUCUCUCAUGGUUAGUGCGCUGAACUCCGAAUCGUGUGGCUACUUACCUUACGUUUUGAUUUUUUAAUCUGGAAAUCGUUGGUUAAUCGUUGGGUACCAUUAAUUAGAAAUUGGACCUCGUGUCGUACAAUUCACGGACUAAUAUUGUGCUCGUCAAAUGGGCCUAGCACUGAGCGUUGGUACGAUUUUAAAAUUACUCGCCCGAUUACUCUCUGAAUUGUAGUCGGUCUAAUUACUAUUAC